AUGCAAGUGGUGGAGGAAAAGCAGGAGGCUUAUGAAGAAAGGAAGGAAGGAAGGAAGGAAGGAAGGAAGAAAAUGUUGACCACUUUUUCAUCUUACCUCAACUGGCUGCGCGUUGCUAGAGUUAUUGUCGACCAUUGUGUAGUUUGUGCUCUGAGUCCCGGUUUCUUGAACGAGGAAGCUGGCACCUUGACAGUGUCUAUUUGCACAAUCGACUCUCGGACCUGA